GGUCAUCAGAAAAGAAAAUUAACUCUCGGCCUGAUUUCCCUCUGGAGCGCGUCCUCAUUUGCGUGUUUCCUGUCCUGCUCGCGUUCGCUGCGCGUGCGGAUUUCCAUAAAGGCGCGUCCCGGGCUCCGGCGCUCGUUUGACUGUCAAAGCGGGCGACGCGGCGCGGCGCGGCUUCGUUUCUCCGCCUGCGCAUCCCGCAUCCAGUCGCUUGCGGGGCGGAGCGCAGGGGAGUGCCCUGCGCCGCGCGCACAGCCGCCUCCUCCUCCUCCUCCUCUUCCUCCUCGUCGUCCCGCACUGAAGCCGGGGAAGCCGACCACGUCUCAGCGCGUCCUCUCUCCGCCAAAGCCCGGUCCACACCCUCGAUCAGCGGCCGCUCAGACACUCGACCAGCGCUCCUGUCCCGCAGGCCUGACGCAUCAUGGAGGAGCUGGACGUCCCACAGAUGAAGAGAGAAGUGGAGAGCCUUCAGAGACAGCUGGGCAUGGGCAGAGAGAAGGCGUCCGUCACCGUCACAGAGCUGGUGAAGUGGGUCGAAGGCGGUUAUUGUGAAGACCCGUUUCUGAACCCGGAGCUGAUGAGAGCCAACCCCUGGGUGGAGAAGAGCAAGUGUGUGAUCCUCUAAUGAGCACAAACACUGGAUCCCAGAUGUAGAUGCACUCCAACACACAAGCACGCUGCACUAGCUCACACACGCACGCACACAGACACACACUACUGCUACUAUCACGUUUAUUUAUUCGGACACUCCUGAUUGCUGUUAAUUUAUGUUGAGACCGUGUGUGUGAGCGCGAGUGUGUCCAGCGCCCAGUAGCUUUCUAGAGGUUUGAUUCGAUAAACUGCUGAGGAAUGUUCAACAACUCUGCGUUUUUAUUGGCUCUUUACACUGUCAAUCAAAAUAAAGACUGUUUUGAAUUUAA